CUCCUGUGCUGCUUCACACGUUGACAGACUGACUGAGCAGGAGGGAGAACACAGCCUGUCACCGAGAGGAUUUACGAAACUUCAUCGAUACUAUUUCCACUCUGAUUUCUUUUUUAGUCCUCUACUCUUCCUCACCAUGAAGGAAAGGAGACUCACGCAGCCGUUUGUAGCGAGGUGUAAACUCGUGUUGGUCGGGGACGUCCAAUGCGGUAAAACAGCGAUGUUACAAGUCUUGGCCAAGGACUGCUAUCCAGAGACUUACGUCCCCACUGUGUUUGAGAACUACACCGCCUGUCUGGAGCUUGAAGACCAGCGUGUUGAGCUCAGCCUUUGGGACACAUCGGGUUCUCCAUACUAUGACAACGUCAGACCACUCUGCUACAGCGACUCAGAUGCCGUGCUCUUAUGCUUUGACAUCAGCCGACCAGACACAGUAGACAGUGCGCUGAAGAAGUGGAAAGCAGAGAUCCAGGACUUCUGUCCCAGCACACGGAUCCUACUAAUAGGCUGCAAGACAGACCUGCGCACAGAUGUAUGCACGCGCAUGGAGCUGUCCAAUCAGAAACAGACUCCCAUCUCCCAUGAACAGGGUUCGUCCUUGGCCAAGCAGCUUGGAGCAGAGGCGUACCUGGAGUGCUCAGCGUUCACAUCAGAGAAGAGCAUCCACAGUGUUUUCCGUACUGCGGCUCUGGCCUGCAUGAACAAACUCCAGCCUUCCACUAAACCAAGCCCUGUCCGCCGUCUCUCCAAGAGACUCCUACACCUGCCCAGCAAGACAGAGCUCCUCUCCUCCACCUUCAGCAAGGACAAGUCCAAGAGCUGCUCCAUCAUGUGAAUCCUGUAAGCAAGGGGACCAGCAGACUGCAGUUGGUUCAACAGGGGUCCAGGGUGUGCAAGGGAAAGAGAGCAAUGGUGUGGAUUUCUACAAAGCGUCUCUCUCCUUUGCAGCAACCCCCCCAAUCUCCUUGUCAACCACUUAAAAAAUAGGUCGCUACACUCUCUAUAUUCAACUCUGGCACUGAACUUCUGAUCAUGAGGUGUCACCAGCACACAGCGCAGAGAUGGAGUGAAAAAAUAUUUGACGUUACACUAUUUCUGAUCAUUUAAAUACACCUGUAAGUGAGCAUAACAGGCACUGUUAGAUUCCUCACAUAAAGGUUGCUGUGAGGGAUUCAGCCUAAAUAUGGUCAGUGCCUCCUCUUUUCUACUUGGAAAGUGGUUGUAAACACGGCAUUUGAUUUGCAUUACCCUGAUGAGAAUAUGAAAUUCUGAUAGCGGCGCCCUUUCCCAUCCAUCUCUUUAUCUGAAUGUCUCUUUAAGGUCACGAUACGAGCUGAGUGACGAGAUGAAAUGUAAAAUCUGACACUGACAGGCAGUGGUAUCUACAGAAAUGCAGCUCUGGGAAUUUAAAAUAGCAGCCCCUUGAAGAAAUUAUUCACCUGCCGACCCCAUCACAGUAUUUCAUUUGGAAAUUAAAGCUGACAGUGGAGAAAAGAGGAGAGAGAAGGGAGGGAUUUGGCAAGCAAGAGCAUUCAUUUGCAAAGGCAGUGGGAGGACGAACUGAGAGCAACAUCUGAAGGAGCUGCAAUGUGACUCAGCACUCACAUGAACCACAAAGCAGUCCAGGGUGGAACGUGUGACAAAAACAAACAAAAGCCUCGGCCAUGGCCACCAAGACCGUCUGAGCAUGUUUCUGUCAGAGCCCCGUUCAUCACCCAUCGACACAGCAGUCUUAAUUGUUCAGUGUCAUUAGCCAUACGGCUGAUGUAACAUUAAUGAUGCAUCAUCUCACUGUUCCCUGCCACUUUAAGAGCUGCUUAAUGGAAACCAGUUUUUGAUACAUGGUCUUUAAAAAGGUAAAACAAAAAAUGUAAAAUAUGUCAGCCAAACUGGAUGGAUUUACUUUAAUGUACCAAAAGGAGUCUUACAAAUCCUAUUUGUUUUUGAAUCCUCUGUCUCACAGGCUACAUCCACACUACUAUGUUUUCGUUUUAAAACGCAGACCUUUUGCUAUGUUUGCACCUCCCAUUCAAACUAAAACAGCGAAGACCUUAAAAGACUUUAAAAACAAUGACGCAGACACUCACGUUUGGCUUUCUGAUUGGUCUUUAUAAGUCAUGCAGAGCAAAAACACAAUCUCUGGUGUGGUUCUUCAUCUGUGGUAGUACUGUCCUCUUUCUCUUAAGUCUUCUGCAACUGCAGAGUAGAAAACUGGCUUCAUGUUUACACCAGCACGCACAUGCCCAAAGGUAUGUGAAUGGUCACUAGAUGUACGUUUUCAGUUGUUUUAAUAUAGAUGGAGAUAACUCUGAAACGCAGCUAAAACUGUUGGUGUGAACGGAGAUCGUUUUCAUUUUAAAACUUGUGGAUGUAGCCAAAGUGUGACAAAAGGUCCGUGCUGCAGGUUUUAAAGAGAAAUAGUCCUCAACUUUGAACUUUGGACUGUGAACAUGUUAUCUGUGCCUGCUCACCAUGCUUUCAACAAGCCAGGUUGAGCUGAAUUUUUGUGCCCAGCUGCUGCCAUUUCCAGCCAGGAUAACUGCAUUGAUACACCCUGAGAAGGUUGAAUUGAAUCAUGCAAACAGGCUGGUCCUGUCUGGAGAUUUUGUUUUCUUUCCUCUUUUUAUGCUUUAAAAUAUUUGGAUUUUUAAUUUUCAGCUUCCCUAAAAAGAAUUCUUGACAUUUUUUUGGGGAUGUUUCUACUUGCUUGUGGCCGUUUUUGGUAGGUUUUUUUUGUAGCUGUUGAUGUUCUUGAAUUUACUUGAGUCUUCUGGCGUUAGCUGCUGUUGACAGCUGAGCUAAUGGAGGAUUUGAUGGUUGUGGGUUCUGCACCGAGAAGCCCGGAGUCCUCUGGAUGUACAGAACAGUGGAAUUGCAUGUUUUGCCUAGCAAUAGUGUGAGCAGGGGGCAGUCCUGAGCGGGGAUUCUUCCUCACGGAGAGAGGGGAGGGAUGGCUCUCCGAGAGGGCACCUCACCUUUUUUUAUGUGUAGCAUUAGACAGAAGCCACUGCAAAGGUGACGGACGGCUGGACGUUUCAGGUAGCAACGGCCUGGUCAAAAACCCCGCACUGGUAGCUGCCAGGACUGGGUUGUUGGAAACGACAGCAUGCCAUCUAAAACACAUCUCUGUAGCUCUGCUUCAGUCAUUAUUUCACUUCUCUUCCUGCCUGGUGCAUUGUGCUUUCCGAUACAAGCUCCAUUUGGUGUCAAUAGACAUCCGUCAUUUCACAGUUUCUCUCUUGCUCGUUUUUUGACAGACAGACUUGUUUUGUUGUACAUACCCUUCCCAAUAAAACUGUUUAUUUGAUAUCCCCAAAAAGAAUGUUACUGAAGCAAAACAAAAUGUUUAUGUCAAGUUGCUUGUUAUGGCUUAAGUUAUUGACUGAAUUCUGUAUUUGUUAUUGUCAUGCUACUUUCUUUAAGUCUUUAUUUAAAUAAAUAUGUCUGAAGUUCA